AUGACAGUUUGCCACAUCAUCAAGCCUCCACUAACUCAUAUCACCAAUCAUUGUUUGCCACAUCAUCAUCUCCUUUCUAACACAAACCAUAACCCUUAUCUCUCUUUCUCUCUCUUCCGCACCAACCCACUCCGCAGCCGCCACAUUCCGCAGUCGCCACGACCAUGUCCGACCACCACUGCCCACGCCGGAAAGCCACUGCCCGUCGCGCCCUCGUCAGAAACCUCGCCACCGUUGCUACACCAAUGGUCCGCAACAGCAGCGUCUUCUUCGCACGUCUCGCAGCCACCACCACCCUCCUCCGCGCCUGCAACUCACGUGAACAGCCCGCACACCACACGCAGCCACCUCCCGCAGCCCUGCUCGACGCCGCUGCCACCCGAAGCCACCACCUCUGCACCAACACUCGUCGGAAAAUCCACCAUUGCAGCACCACUCACGGCCUACAACAACCACCGCGCCUCGCUGCAGUUCGCCUCUUCCCCUCGCGCCACCACCGUCGCGAUCUCGUCGUCAACAACAGCCCCGUCGUCGCUCGCACAUCGAACCACCACUGCCACACCAAGACAGCCCGCGCUCUACAACACCUUUGCGACGUCGCUGCAACUCGUCGGAGUUCGCGAGCGUCAUCUUCUCCGUGCAUCCCGCUGCCUGAACCACCAUUAUCGAACUAGCCUCACCACCAUUCACUAUGUCGACCACGCUCACUCCCGCGCCAUCGUCGACAUACAUCGCAACAAGAAUAAAUGA